AUGGAAGAGGGUUACGAUUUGUUAUUGUGCGCAGACCGGCGGCGAGCGGCUAUCUUUAGCGCUUUGCGAACUUUUUGCGCGAUUCUCGCUGUAUCGGUCCCAAAGUGGCAACCCCAAGGAAUGACGGUCAGGACGUUUCAGGCAGGAAGCCCCGCGAGUUACUGUGGGAGGGGGCACUGUGCUACAGAUGUACUGCGUUUCAGGUGGCACCGGGCCCGUGCGCUGCGGAGUCUAGAUGAUGGGGGGCGUUUCAGAGUUGGUGACAGGAUGCGGUUCUGCUUCUGCAGGAAGCGGUGGCUUUUACGGAUAUUUUUUACGGCAAGAUAACCAGCAGGAGAGAAUGGGGCUACUACCACCAUUGAUUCCUCGCUAGAGGAAGAGAGCCUCCACGGCUAGUGGCCCACGGAGUGCCAGCGGAGCGGCUUGUAGCCCCC